AUGUCUUCGAGCCGUGGACUUACGGUUGCCGGCCUAGCGGUAGCUGGAGGAGUUGGCUACUACCUUUAUAAUGCUGGUGGUAACCCAAAAGUUGCGCAGAAGAAACUCGAAGCCGACGCCUCCAAGCUCUCGUCCCAGAUAAAGAGUGAAGUCCCGGGCAAAGAGAAGGAAGCUGAGAAGAAAGGCGAGGCCAUCGCUGCUCAAGCAGGCCAGAAGUUUGACCAAGCUUCCGCCGAUGCAAAAGCCAAACUCAGCGAAGCUGAAGCAAAAGCAAAGGAGGCGAGUCAAAAGGCAGGCAGCCAGAUCAACAGUGCAAUCGACACGUUCGACAAGACUGUGGAAGAAAAGGCCGCAAAGGCAAAGAGUGGAAUAAGCAGCUGGUUCGGUGGCAGCAAAUAG